CACACAAAAGAAAACCAAAAUGAUGCUCUGCAAGCUCCCAUUAGCUCUAUGUUUUCUCAUAAGCACAGCCCUAACCAUUCUCUCUUACGCCCAAGACACACACCAAGACUAUCUGAAUAUUCAAAACCAGGCUCGAGCAGAUGUUGGUGUUGAACCCUUGACUUGGGACGACAAGGUAGCAGCCUAUGCACAGAACUAUGCAAACCAACGUAUUAUCGACUGCAAUCUCGUGCACUCUGAGGGUCCCUACGGCGAGAACCUGGCAUGGGGCGGCGGGGACCUUUCAGCCAUAGAUGCUGCAAAGAUGUGGGUUGAUGAAAAGCCUUAUUAUGAUUAUGAUUCCAAUUCUUGUGCUCCAGGCCAAGUGUGUGGCCACUAUACUCAGGUGGUUUGGAAAAACUCAACUCGUGUAGGGUGUGCUAAGGUGACCUGCAACAGUGGAGGGACGUUCAUUGGUUGCAACUAUGACCCUCCUGGUAACUAUAUUGGGGAGCGGCCUUAUUAGAUAUGGUUGAUGAAGCAAUCUAAGAUUUGUACUUAGUAUGUCUUGUGAGAAUUAAAUAAUAAAUAAUUAAUGAUAUGUAUCGGCAUAAAAUAUUAGAAC